AUGUCUGACGAUCCUCGCUACAUCUGCGCUGAGUGCGGCCACGAGUGCUCCCUCUCCCAGUCCAACAAGAUUCAGUGCACCGAGUGCGGCUACCGCGUCCUCUACAAGAAGCGCACCAAGAACAUCAUCCAGUUUGAGGCUCGCUAA